AUGAUCGAUGCUAACGCGGAUGAUGACGAAUUGGUUGAUGAAUUGUACUUAGACGACGAAAGCAAGAAUCGAUAUGAAUCUCUUAUCGAUGAUGAGAAAAAAAUCAGGAAAGCGAAGAAAUCCUGGACAGCAAAACUCAAUGAGCUCAAGAAACAACAGGCGACUUCCCGGAAGAAGAUUCAUCGCCACCAUAACCAUGCUAAGGAUCUCUCACAACAGAAGUCACGUGAAAUGCAGGCGAUCGAGUCUGCCAUCAACCAGCACGGAAUUAAACUCAAGAAAAGGCAGCAGGAAAGUUGGAGAUUUGUCGUCGAAGCGCGAAAUGUGUUUACCAAGCGACGCUUGAGCCAAGACAACAGGUCAUUCCUGCCGAAAGAUUCCUCCUUGAAUGUGUUCUGCGUCUCUAACACACACUAUGCGGCGUCGAAAGGGGUAUCUUUCAUUCACGGAAAUCGGCUGUCUGUGGACCAGACUGGCCUACCCGCCUUGCGGAAGUUUGUCCGCCAGCAGGUUGCUGGUGCAAAACUGCGUGCUGUGGAAGAUUACAUCAGGCAUGACUUCACUGUCUUCAUUCAGAGUCUGCACCUCUGGUGCGGUCUGUUCUCCGAAGCUGACGUCAAUGGACUGCUGUGCGACAUUCAAGCAAAACAGAAUGAGAUGCAAACGAUCAUUGCAAAAUGCACCAACACCCUUCACAAGGAGACUAGUGCGAUUAUGCUGGAUCAUGUAGAGGCCGGACAGAUUCAUAUGACGAAGUCGGCACUUCAAGUGUGGAAAUCAAAGGAAAAAAUGCAUUGGCAGACCCUUCGUACUUUCAUCAGACAAGACGGCAAUCACGAAACCCAGAAGGUUUCACACGAGUCUUGGAAUGAGCAGUUCUUCAAGGAGACAAUUGAAUUCAUGGGCUAUAGUGGAGAAGAGCGGCUAUUUGGGAGGCUCGAGAAAGCCUGCAAUGAACUGGAAAAGUCCCUCCUCAAGUUGCUUGACGAGAUUCCACGAACCGUGGGUCAGCAUGCAGCGUCGGUAAUGCUCCCCGAGAAACCCCUGAAUAUGUUUAUUGAAGCAGAGAAGUAUGGCAUCGCCAGACACUGCGAACAGUUUCAAGCGUCCAUUCGCAAGGAAUUCCGCAACGCCAAGCUGGAUUUGACCGUGGACCGCCCGUCUGCGUUCUUCGCACAAGCCAUGGCUCAGGCUUACCGAAUGUACCGCAAUAAGAGAGGUCGAGGUUCCAAGGAGAACGUCCAAACAACCAUGAAAACUCAUCUGUCUCUCGGGGGACCGACUUCUCCAUUCCAUCAAACGGCGGACCUCUUCCAAAAAGCGAUCAAAAUGGAUAUCGAAAGGACGUCCGCGGUCUUGACGAAGAACGUCAAGGUUAUAAUGGAGCAGAUUCAUCAUCAUUGCAGUUACAUGAUCAAUGCGAAGAAGACCGACACAUCUGAGGAGCAGCUCAAGGUGUCACUGCGUGAUUUCCUCUGCGGCAGAGAUACUGGUUAUCAGCACUUCGAAGAUAUCAAGGCCGACCUAAAGCGCAUCAAACGCAGAUACAUUGACGUGGAAGCAUGA